AUGGCCAGGCCAGUUCCUACGCCGGUUCCUCCGCCGGUUCCUACGCCGGCGAUGCAAGGCUCCUCGUCACUGUCCUUCACCCAGGGCUUCCUGCUCGGUCAGUUCUCGAUUGCGCUGCUCAUCUUCUUCUUCAUCAAGUUCUUCAUCUUCGGCGAGCCUCCGUCCGCAGACGACCGCGCGCUGCACCUCAACUCGCUGCGGCGCGCACGCACCCUCGCCCACCAGCAGUCGCUGCACUCACUGAAGCAGCGCACACGCUCCAACUCCACAACCACUCCAGCCCUGCGCCACAAGCACUCGCGAAGCAUCAUCAAGAAGGGCGAAGAGAGCAGGGGCGGGCCCAGCAUAGCCACCAUCCUCGCCAAGACCUACUACAAUGUCAAGGGCCACCAGCCAGAGAGCCUGGACUGGUUCAACGUCCUCAUCGCCCAGACAAUCGCCCAGCUGCGCGCAGACGCAAGACAGGAUGGCGCCGUCCUGACCUCGCUGACCGACGUGCUCAACUCUGGCAGCAAGCCUGACUGGAUCGGCGAGAUCCGCGUCACCGAGAUCGCGCUGGGCGACGAGUUCCCCAUCUUCAGCAACUGCAGAGUCAUGCCCGCUGAGGACGGCUUCUGGUACGGCCCAGGCACCGCAGGCGACAACGAGGGACGACUGCAGGCACGCAUGGACGUUGAUCUCAGCGACGUCAUCACAAUCGGCAUAGAAACAACACUGAACCUGAACUGGCCGAAGCCCUUCUCCGCCGUACUCCCUGUCGCUCUCACAGUCAGCGUCGUCCGCUUCUCCGGCACUCUCGCAAUGUCCUUCAUGCCAUCCUCGUCACCGCCCUCGACAGCCGCAAACACGCACUCGCCAUCAUCCAACUCGCAUCCGCGCGACGCACAGAAAGGCCCCUCCGACCCGGCCCGCCCGUCAACGUCCUCCUCUUCCAACCCCUCAACCUCCAAUCCCAUGCCCCACCGCCCGACUACCCUCGCCUUCACCUUCCUCGACGACUACCGCCUCGAUCUCUCCGUCGGCUCGCUGGUCGGCUCACGCUCCCGCCUCCAAGACGUCCCCAAGAUCGCCCAACUCAUCGAGUCGCGCGUACACGCCUGGUUCGACGAGCGCGCCGUAGAGCCACGCUUCCAACAAAUCUCCUUGCCCUCGCUCUGGCCGAGGAAGCACAACACGCGCGGCGGCGCAACCGAAGACGCCGAGGACGAGGGCGUCGACGCUGCAUCGCCCGCGCCGCUCGACGACGACGUCGCAGUACCUGCCGCAGGAAUGGGCCUCGGGUUGGAAAGCACUGCUGCAGGCGGCGGCGGUGGGGGAGGCAGUUUCAUCCCGCCCGCCACCUCUGCGCCCGCGACGCUCGAGGAGCGCAUCGAAGCCGAGGGCGCCAAGCUGCGGGAAGCGGAGAUACGGGCCGGCGAGCGGAAAGCCGUCCAGCGGGGCGACGAUGGGAUGCGGUGGCGGGGGGAGAGGGAGAGGGAGAGACAGACUGAAAGACCAAGGGACAGGGAAAGAGAAAGAGAAAGAGAAAGGGAGAGAGGCGAAUCAAGUAGACCGCAAGCUCCGAGUCGAUUCAAGAGCGAGCACUACAGUGGCCAAAAAGGCAUGCCGGGCGCUAUGCUCGAAUAG